AUGGAUAUCGAAACAAAGCUUCCAGAUAGUGAAACCACAGCAACCACAUCAGCGUGUUCCGAUCAGCCACAGCCACCGCCGGCGAUGAUGGCUGCGAAUAUAGAUAAAUUAGAAGAAAUAAUCGGUUACAGAUUCAAUAAUCGGGAUUUAAUCGAUCAAGCCUUGACUCACCCCUCCUUCGUUCGGGGCAACAGCAGCCGUUCUUACGAUCGAUUAGAAUACUUAGGCGACUCCAUUCUCUCCGUUCUAUUCACGAAACUCCAUUACUUUCAGUACCCAAACUUCUCUUCCGGCCAGUUGACUCCCUUGCGCGCCUCCAACAUCAACAAGGAGAAGCUUGCGCGUGUCGCCAUCAAACAUGGUUUGCAUACCUAUUUGCGCCACAAUAUUCCUCGUUUGGAAGAUCAGAUAAGAAAGUUUUGUCGUGAUAUCUUGGAAUAUCCUCUUCACUCGAAUGGUCUCAUUAAAGUGCCAAAAGUCUUAGCAGAUAUUGUUGAAUCUGCUAUCGGAGCUGUCUUUGUAGAUUGCAACUGUUGUUUCGAGACUGUUUGGACGGUUUUUAAAGAUCUUUUGGAACCUCUAAUAAGUUUAGAGACGCUGAAGCGUCAUCCAAUGACUGAGCUAUACGAAAUUUGCCAGAAAAAAAACUUAACAGUUCGUUGGGUCGAUUCAUGGAGCCAAACACAUUGCAUGGAUGUUUAUGUUGGAGAUAAACGCGUCGGAACUGGAAGUUACCAUAUCAAAAACAUUGCUCAAAAUAGAGCUGCAAAAUGUGCUCUCGACAGUUUAGCUGAGAUGGGUAUCACAACGAGGCUCCCAGAAAUAAAACCAGAAACAACCCCAGUUGGUGUAGAUAAUAGCGAUGAUCAGCAUGUGACUAGAAUUGCGGUAGAAGAAUUGGAAGACAUUAUUGGCUAUAAAUUCAACAACCGGAGCUUAAUUGAACAAGCGUUGACCCACCCCUCCUACGCUGCUGACAUUCACAGCCAUUUCGAUCGACUAGAAUACAUGGGAGAUUCUGUUUUGACCGCCCUUUUCACUAAACUACACUACUAUUUAUACCCAGAAUUAUCCUCCGGCGAACUGACUCCAUUACGUGCUUCUAAUAUCGAUACGGAGAAGUUUGCCCGCGUCGCCGUCCACCGUCGCUUGCAUACAUAUUUGCGCCACAAUAAGCCUUCCUUGGAAGAAAAUAUAAAAAAAUUCAAUUCAGAGAUAUUGGAAUACCCUCUACACUCCACUGGCCUGGUUGAAGCUCCAAAAGUAUUAGCAGACAUAGUUGAGUCUACUAUUGGAGCUGUCUUCGUAGAUAGCAACUGUAAUUUCGAGACUGUUUGGAUGGUUGUGAAGAGUUUAUUACAGCCAUUCAUCAGAGUAGAGACACUUAAACGACAUCCGGUAACUGAGCUGAAUGAGCUGUGUCAGAAGAAGAAUUUGAAAUUAGUCAUUGUUGAUUUAUGGGUGGAGACAUAUACAGUGAAUGUGUACGUAGAAGGCCAACUCAUGGGAACAGCUUGUUAUCGUUCUAAAAAAGAGAUUGCACAAAAUAGAGCAGCAAAAUCUGCUCUAGAAAAUAUUGGCAGACUUAUUGAUUUAAAAUCAGUGCAAACUAGUUAAUUAUUUACUCUAUCACAUUGUUGUGGAAAAUUUAUGUCUGGUUGUGCAUUCUGAAAAUC